AUUUUCUAAAUCUUUUAAUUUGUUUUUUAUUGUUUUAAAUAGCAAUGUCUGCAGUUAAAAAAAUUAAAAUUGGUGGUGGAUCCUUUGGGGAGAAAAAAGAGUUUACAAUUGAAGAGGCAUCAAAAUUAUUUGAUAUUGAUGAUAAUGCCUCAUCACCAUACUCUUUUAAAUUUGAUGAUUCAAACGAUCAUUUAUAUUUCCUUUCAAAUGUUAAGGGUCAAUCAAAUAUUAAAAAUAUUCAUUAUAUUGAUAUUAAUUCAUCAAACAAAGAAAUUAAACCAUUAUUUAACUAUGUUGACAAUAAUGUCGAAUUAUCAUUGGAGGAUCAAUUACAAAGAGAAAGACAAAGAGUUGUUGCAAAUGGUAUCACUCAAUUUACCUAUCAUCAAGAACACAAGUUUUUUGUAACAGCAAUUAACAACCAACUUCAUAAAAUUGAUAUUAGCGAGUCUGUUACAAAACCAGUUUUAAAAGAAAUACCAGGCGAAAUUUAUAAUCAUAGAUUGUCAUCAGAUGGUAAAUUAAUAUCAUACAUUAAAGAAAAAGAUAUUUGGGUAACUGAUAUCAAAAGUGGUAAAAUGCACAGAUUAACACAAUCAAAUGAUGAACAACACAAGUUUAGAUACGCUGGUGAUGUUGGUUUUAUUUAUGCCGAGGAGUUUUCAAGAUAUAUUGGUUAUUGGUGGUCACCUGUUGUUGAAAAAUGCCCACAAACAAAUAAAUCAAUCUAUAGAAUAUUGUACUUUGAAGAAGAUGAAACUAAUGUUAGGGAUUUCCAUAUCAGCACACCAGAUCAUGAAGGUGAUACUACACAUUACAAAUAUCCAUUGGCUGGGGAUAAAAACUCAAUUGUAAAGGUUAAUUUGGUGGAAUUUUCAUUAUCUGAAAGUGGUGACUUGACAGAAUUAAAAAGAACUCAGUUAUUUGACCUCAAAGAACAAUUUUCAUGGUUAGAAUAUUAUACUCGUGCAGGUUGGCUUCCAAAUGGUAAAUCGGUUUGGUUACAGUUGUUAGAUAGAAAGCAACAACAUCAAGCUGUUACUAUUGUACCAUUAUCAAAGUUUACUUCAUCACCAUCAACUCUUCCAGUUAUCAUUGAAGAAACUACCAAUUUUUGGAUUAAUGUUGUUGACUCAAUUCAUUUCUUUAGUGAUAGCCAACAUUUACUUUGGUCAAGUGAGUGCAAUGAGAACAAUCGUGGUUUUAGACACUUGUCUUUGGUUCAAUGGGAUUCAGAUUCAUUUGGAAAUGUUACUUCAAAACCAGUCACUCAAUUAUUGUCUAAUGAAGAAUGGAUGGUUAGUGGUGAGGAGCUUUUUGUAGAUGAAACCAGAGGUCUAGUUUAUUUCAUUGCUACAAAAGAUACAUGUUUAGAACAACACUUGUAUGUUAAAAGUUAUAAAAAUUCAACAUCAGAAAUUCAAAGAUUAACAGUUCCACAAAUGAGUCAUAAAUCAAUUAAAGUUUCUAAAGAUUUUAAAAAGAUAAUUUCAACUUAUUCAAAUCACAAAACCCCAAAUAAAACACAAAUUUUCGAUUUAGUUUAUGAUCAAGGUAAUAAAGAUUCAUAUCCAUCAUUAAAACCAUUAUUCUUUAUUUCAAAUAGUGGUGUCGAAGAAUCAGAAAGUUCUAGUGUUGAAAAGAUUGGAUCAUUCAAAGUACCAGAGAUCUUUAGUUUUGUAAACUCACGAGGCAUAAAAGUUUAUGGUCAAUAUACCAAACCAACUAACUUUGAUCCAUCAAAGAAACAUCCAACUGUUUUAUAUGUUUAUGGUGGACCACAUGUUCAAUUAGUUCGUAACACAUACAGCUAUAUUAGACAGUACUAUGCUAAUUUUGGAUUCAUUCAAAUUAUGAUUGAUGGUGCUGGUUCUACAAACAGAGGUUUAGAGUAUGAGGGACAAAUUAAACAUAAGAUGGGUGUCUCAGAAUUACAGGAUCAAAUUGAAGGUAUUGAGUAUUUAAUUAAUAACAAUAUUGUACCAAUUGAUCGUUCAAGAAUUGCCAUCACUGGUUGGUCGUAUGGAGGUUAUUUUUCACUUAUGGCACUCUCUCAAAGACCAGACUUUUUCAAGAUCGCCAUCUCUGGUGCCCCAGUUACAUUUUGGGAAGCUUACAAUACCGGAUAUACUGAAAGAUAUAUGGAUACACCAGAAAACAAUAAAGAAGGUUAUCAUAGCGGUAAUGUAAUGACUUUUAUCGAUGGCUUCCCAGAGGAGGAUAAUAGAUUGGUAGUUAUUCAUGGUUUACAAGACGAAAAUGUGCAUUUCUCAAAUACCUCAUGCUUAAUCGAAAAGCUUACAACCUCUCAAAAACCAUAUAUCUUAAAGAUUUUGGCAAAAGAACGUCAUGGUAUAAGAAACAUUGAUAAUAGAGUUUAUAUCGAGGCAUUCUGUGUCAAUCAUUUAUUAAAUAAUUUGUAAAUCAAUUUCUUAUAAAAAAAAAAAAAAUAUAAAUUUAAAACAACCAAAGAGAAAAAAAGAAAAAUAAAAGAAAGGGAUCAAUUACUUUUUUAAAUUAUUUUAUUUUAUUAAAAUGUAAACAUAAUAAAAGAAAUAAAUAAUUAUUUAUUUAAUAUUAUUAUUUGUAUGUAAUAUUAUAUAAAAAGAAUAAUAUCAAAUUAUUUAUUUAAAAUAC